GACUGAAAUCCCAAACCAUAUUUUAGAUUUUGCCUGAGCACAGAGGCGGCCAGGAUCCAAACUUCCGUGUGACUCCACACCCUGUUUUCCGGGGAGCCGGUGGAGAUCCAGCCCUGCCUUCUCAACACGCUGCUCUCUUACGUCCCGUCCGUGAACAGUGAGCUGGCCGCGGCGGAGAUUUCUCCUUCUGGCCGGGAUCUUAUCUUUUCUCCAACUGAGCUCUUUCUGGUCUUUUCGGCGCUUGACAUAUAACGGGGUAGUAAAGUCGCCGGUUCGGUGCUCAGUCGCCUGCAAAUCUUUUUGUCCUUGUGCUGCGCCUCCGUGGCAAUGGAUUGAUUUCGGUGUUUUUUUUUUUUCCUCCGACCUCUGCCUCGACCAAGUUGAGAAAACAGUCUCUCUAACCUGCGGCUCUCUCUUCCCAGCUACAUGUUUCAUCCGGUCGGUUUUAAAAGUACCUGGCUCCGGAUGUUUCUGCACAUUUUAGGACUUUGAACUUUUUUUUUGUCCGCUUGUGCAUUUGCAGGAGGUGGCCGGGGAUUUUAAGGAUUUCUUUUUUUUUUUUUCUUUCUUUUUUUCUUCUUUUUUUUUUAAAUAAAGCUUCUCCGGGGUUCCUGAAGCCUGCAAAGAUUUAUUUGUGAAAAGUGAUGGCCGAGCGGGGAGCUCUGUCGCUCCUCUCUCUCCUCUGUCUCACCUUUCUCUACACGGAGACCGCCGCGGCAAAGCAUGUCGACAAAGGUUCAGCAGCGCAGCCCUUCAGCCCCUUCUGGUUCACUGUGGAGCCCCAGGACACACUGGCCAUCCGGGGCAGCUCUGCACUGCUCAACUGCUCGGCCCACAGCGACGCAGCCACGCCGGCACGCAUAGAGUGGAAGAAAGAUGGCACCUUCAUGAGCCUGGUUUCGGACGAGAGACGAAACAUACUUCCCGACGGCUCGCUGUUCUUCACCCACGUGGUCCACUCUAAGCACAACAAGCCGGACGAGGGCACCUAUCAGUGCGUUGCCACCAUCGACAACCUAGGAUCCAUUUCCAGCCAGACGGCCCGUCUCUCAGUAGCAGGGAUGCCCAGGUUUGUCAGCCAGCCAUCGCCGACCACCGUGCACCAAGGGAACAACCAGGUGAUGGCGUGCGAGGUCAACUCCGAUCUGGUGCCCUUCACCAGGUGGGAGAAAGACCGCCUGCCGCUGGAGCUUAGCACCAGACUGGUCCAGCUGCCCAGCGGAGCCCUGGCGAUCAGCAACGCCUCGGAGGCAGACGCCGGCCUUUACCGCUGUCUGGUGGAAAAUGUGGGGUCGUCCAAGUCCAGCGACGAGGCCCAGCUCCAAAUACUGCCAGAAACUGGAGAAGAGAGUAAGCUGGAGUUCCUGGUGCAGCCUGUGCCUGUGAACAAGGUGGUGGGCGCAAGCGUGCUGCUGCCGUGCCUGGUCACUGGUUACCCUGUACCACACAUUCGUUGGAUGUUUGGAGACAAGCUGCUGGAAGAAAGUGAGGGCCGUGUGGAGGUGCUGGGAGGAGGCAGUGUCCAGAUAUCUAAUCUCACAGAGGAGGAUGCCGGCAUCUACACCUGCAUGGCCGAAAAUACCAAUGGAACCAUUGAAGCCCAGGCCCAACUCACCAUACAAGUUCCUCCCCAGUUUGUCAAGCGGCCAGACAACAUUUAUGCCUAUGAGUCCAUGGACAUCGUCUUUGAGUGUGAGGUUUCUGGGUCACCGGCUCCCACUGUCAAAUGGGUCAAGAAUGGAGAUGCUGUCAUCCCCAGUGACUACUUCAAAAUAAUUAAGGAGCACAACCUGCAGGUUCUGGGUCUGGUCAAGUCCGACGAGGGUUUCUAUCAGUGCCUGGCAGAAAACGACGCAGGCAACAUCCAGUCCAGCGCCCAACUCAUCAUCUUAGAUCACGAUGUUGCCCUGCCCUCUUUCCCUCCCCCCUCACUGACUCCUAACACUACUGACCAUGUAACGCCAGGCUCCGGAGGCGUAGCCAGUCCAGCAGGGCCCACCCCCUCUGCCCCCCGAGACGUUGUAGCUUCGUUGGUCUCCACCCGCUUCAUCAAGCUGACCUGGCGAGCGCCAGCCGAACCCCAUGGAGACGACAUAACCUACUCCGUUUUCUACAGCCAGGAGGGCACCAGCAGGGAGCGAGUAGUGAAUACCAGCCGUCCAGGGGAGAUGCAGGUCACCAUCCAGAACCUCAUGCCAGACACCAAAUAUCGCUUCAGGGUUGUGGCCCACAACAGCAACGGCCAGGGAGAGAGCUCUGCAGCGCUCAAAGUGGCCACCCAGGCUGAAGUCCAAGUGCCCGGCCCUGCUCCUAACCUGCAGGCGGUGUCCAACACGCCGACCUCUGUCUCUCUCAGCUGGGACAAGCCCCUCACUGGCAACGGAGACAUGCUCACCUACAAGUUGUACUACACAGACAAAAGCUUUGGCAACGAACAGGACGUUGACGUAGAGAGUCAGUCCCACACCAUGACCGGGCUGAAGAAGAACACCGAGUACAGUUUCCGCGUGGUGGCCAACAACAAGCACGGCCCAGGCGUCUCCACCGACGACGUCGUCGUUCGCACGUUGUCUGACGUACCAAGUGCUGCUCCUCAAAACCUCACUCUGGAGGUUCAGAACUCAAAGGGCAUCAUGCUUCGGUGGCAGCCCCCGCCCCUUAACGGCCAGAAUGGGGAGAUCACCGGCUACAAGAUCAGAUACAGGAAAGGAUCCCGGAGGAGUGAAGCAGCCGAAACCACCGGAGGCACCCAGCUUUACAAGCUCAUCGAGGGUCUAGAGCGUGGGACAGAAUACUCCUUCCGGGUGUCGGCCAUGACGGUGAACGGCACGGGACCUGCCACGGAGUGGACCACAGCAGAGACGUUUGAGAGCGACCUGGAUGAAUCCCGUGUGCCAGACCAGCCCAGCUCUCUCCAUGUCCGGCCGCUGGUCAACAGCAUCGUGGUGAGCUGGACGCCGCCAGAGAACCAGGACAUUGUGGUGCGCGGUUACAGCAUCGGCUAUGGCAUCGGCAGUCCCCAUGCUCAGACCAUCAAAGUGGACUACAAGCAGCGCUACUACACUAUAGAGAACCUCGACCCCAGCUCCCACUAUGUGAUCACACUGAAGGCCUACAAUAAUGUGGGUGAGGGGAUUCCUGUGUAUGAGAGUGCCAUAACCAGACCACAGUCAGACCCCAUAGACCCCGAUGUUGACCUGUACGAACUCUAUCAUGCUCCAUUCACCCCAGUACCAGAUCCCUCUCCCAUGAUGCCACCCGUGGGUGUUCAGGCCUCCGUGCUGAGCCACGACACCAUCAAGGUGACCUGGGCUGACAACUCGCUGCCCAAGAACCAAAAGAUCACAGAUAACCGCUUCUACACAGUGCGCUGGAAGACCAACAUCCCUGCCAACACUAAAGUGAAGAUGGCUAACACCACUAGCCUGAACCACAUGGUGACGGGUCUGAAGCCCAACACGCUGUACGAGUUCUCCGUGAUGGUCACCAAAGGGCGCCGCACAAGCACGUGGAGCAUGACUGCACAGGGCACCACCUUUGAGACCAUUCCCAGCUCCUCCCCGAAAGACGUGACCGUGGUGAGCAAAGAGAACAAACCUCGCACCAUCAUUGUCAACUGGCAGCCUCCCUCUGAGGCCAAUGGAAAGAUCACUGGCUAUAUAAUCUACUACAGUACAGAUGUGAACGCUGAGGUCCACGACUGGGUUAUUGAACCAGUGGUGGGCAACCGCCUGACGCACCAGAUCCAGGAUCUGACGCUGGACACCACCUACUACUUCAAGAUCCAGGCCCGGAACUCAAAGGGCAUGGGCCCCAUGUCUGAGGCCGUACAUUUCCGCACUCCAAAAACUGAGUCCUCUGACAAAAUGGCUAAUGACCAAGCCUCAAAUGUUCCACCGAAGCAGCCAUCAGGCAACCAACCCCCACAGGACCCUGGGACUGUUGGUAAAUCAGGGGUUGGAGGCAACAGUGAAGGUCACAUCCUGGUCAUUGUCAUCAUCAUCUCAGUGGGAGCCUUCACCAUCAUCGUAGUGGUGGUGGGGGCCUUCCUGUGCACACGGCGAACCACGUCCCACCAGAAGAAAAAGCGGGCUGCCUCAAAGUCCUCAAACGGCUCUCACAAAUACAAGGGAAACUCCAAAGACCUGAAGCCACCUGAUCUUUGGAUUCACCAUGAGAGGCUGGAGCUUAAACCCAUGGACAAGUCGCCAGAUCCCAACCCGGUCAUGACAGAAACGCCCAUCCCCCGCACCUCGCAGGACAUCACGCCGGCCGAUAGCGGCCUGGAUAGCAACCCCCACCUGCAGCAGCGGCGCAACUCCUACCGUGGCCACGAAUCAGAGGACAGCAUGUCUACACUAGCAGGCCGACGAGGGAUGAGGCCUAAAAUGAUGAUGCCUUUUGAUGCACAGCCGCCUCAGCCUGUGAUUAGUGCUCACCCCAUCCAUUCCCUUGAUAACCAUCACCACCAUUAUCACAUGGGAAGCCUGGCGUCGCCAACACGCAGCUACCUCUACCACCAGGGCAGCGGGCACCCACGCCCGCACACCUGUGCCACCCCCAUCUCCCAUCUAGACAGGGUGGACUCUACAGAAUCGGUGAGGAAUACCCCCAGUUCAGAGCCCCUCCCUCCAGCCGCCGCCUCUUCCCAGGCCUCCUGCCCCUCAGAGAUCAUGGCCGACCCUGAGGGCAGCUACCACGGCUCCACCACCACAGAGGAGGAGCCCAGCUACUCCAGCAACCUGCCCCCCCACCGCUCGGCCCACCCGCACGCCCACGCCCACCCGCUCAAGAGCUUCGGCGUACCUGCAAUCCCAGGCACCAGCCAUCCAUCAUACGAGUCGCCUGCCCUGCCCAGCACUCCCCUGCUCGCACAGACCGGACCUCCUACUCACCCCCAUGUCGUUAAAACAGCCUGUAUUGGAACACUAGGAAGGACUCGAACACCGAUGGUCGUCACUGUGCCCAACGCCCCCGAUGUGCCGGAGACCAGCAAGAUGCUGGAAGAUGUAGACAGCGUGCUUGCUUCCCUCGCCCCCUGCCCCUCCCCCGCCCCUCGCAGUAACCCUGUUCCUCUCCCUCAGAGCUACGAGCCCGACGAGCUGACCGAGGAGAUGGCCCACCUCGAGGGCCUCAUGAAGGACCUGAACGCCAUCACCACAGCGCCAUGAGCAUGCCACACACGCCUACACACACACACACACACUUUCUCGCACACGUACACACAGAAAGUCACACACUCUCAAAAGUCAAACAAACACAACCCAAACAUGAACCUUGGGAGCCAAAAGGCUGGUGGACACAAAAUGGCUUCUUGUGCCCAAGAAAACUCUCACAUCCCCCCCCCCACCCCACCC